AUGUCAUCCGGAGUUGCUGGUUGUACUGAAGUUACUUCAAAGAGUGUAGAGGGUCGCAUGGAGGCUCAAGUACAGCUCAUGAAGAGUCAAAUUGACUUCUUACAUGAUGCUUUGGCCGAGGUUAAGAAGGCAAACCGAGACUUGUCUCAAUUGCUUUCAAAUAAGCAAAGUAAAGCUAUGGUAAGUUUUGAGAAAAUUGCUGAAAAUUUACGAGUCUUAGGUGAUCGUUUUGAAGUAAAACAAGUACCCUCGUAUGCUGGAAUGUUGCAAAUGUCAUUGCCUUUGUUUUAUGGUUGUCAUAGAGAAUAUGAUACUUGGGAAAAGAGCAUAGAGAAUUUGUUUGUGUUGCUUAACAUAGAGAAAGAGAGUGAGAAAAUAGCCUUAGCUAUAGGUUGUUUUUGUUCUAGUGCUUUGAAUUGGUGGAAGCUAGUUUCAAAUAUCUAUUCGCAUCAUUGGUAUCGUAAUUUAGAUGAUUGGCAUGAUUUGAGAAAUGCUUUGCGAGAAAGAUAUGCUGGUACUAACACCUUUGAUGAAGCAAAAGUGAAGUUGCUCAACUGUAAGCAGAAUGGUAGAUCCAUUCAAUCUUACUUUGAGGAAUUGGAAGGGUUGUUUCUGAGUUCAGGAGUGGAUGAGAACGACUACAUGUUGACAGAUCAUUUUCACUAUGGCUUGGAUAAGUGGUUCAAACAAAAUCCUAAGAUAAAGAGGCAAUCAAGGCUCUAUGAGGCAUACUACACUGCCUUAGAAGUGUGA